AACGUGGCAGGAGCAGGCAGAUCAGGUGUAACACUUCGGCGCUAGGACCUCUCGGCCACCGUGACGUUUCUCUUUGUCUCCACCACUCAGGGCUUCCUCCUCCUCCUCCUCCCUCCCGGCUGCCUCAGAGGGGCUCAUUCCGUGUCUUUUCUCCCAUCAGCAGCGGCCUGGAUGCUCGCUGGGCUCGAACAUGGCUGUGAAUCUCGCAAAGAACAGACUGGCCCUGCUCACCGCCUACCAGGACGUCAUUGACGAGACCUCCGACACCGACUGGGCCUUGUACACAUACGAAGAUGACAGCAAUGAUUUGACGCUGGCAUCGUCAGGAGGGGGCGGCCUUGCGGAGAUCACGCUGACCUUUGACAACGGGAGGGUGAUGUAUGGCUUCUGCAGCGUGAAGGAGCCCAAUGCCGCCUUGCCACGAUACAUCCUCAUCAACUGGGUCGGCGAGGACGUGCCGGAUGCCAGGAAGUGUGCCUGUGCCAGCCACGUUGCCACCAUUGCAGACUUUUUCCAGGGUGUGGCGGUCAUCAUCAAUGCCAGCAGCCUAGACGACAUUGAUGCGUCAGCCAUCGGACAGCGUCUCACCAAUGGGACGGCGGUUGUGGCGAGUCCGGUCCUGAGCCGCCUGAAAACCAGAGACGAGGAGCAUGGAGAUGUGGGCACGGUGUACCAGAAGACUAACGCAGAGGUGGAGAUGAAGAAAAUCAAUCGAGAAGAAUUCUGGGAGCAGGCCAAGCGCGAGGAGGAGCUGAGGAAGGAGGAAGAGAGGAAGAAGCUGGCCGAGGAGCGGCAGCGUUUCGAGGAGGAGCGGAUGGAGCUGGAGAGGAAGGAGCAAGAGAACCGAGAGAGGAGGUACCGCGAGCGAGAGAGGCAGAUUGAAGAGCACAGGAAGAAGAUACAGGAGGAAGAGGAGGCCAAAGAGAGAAUGCAGAGUCAGAGCAUCUUACCAACUGAGCCGAGCAUUGAUGACCUCACCCUGGACAAGAAGGAGUCUGAAGUGGAAGAGGCGAAGGCCAUCAUCGCUCAGCGGUCAGGAAACCCGCGGGAGUUCUUCAAGCAGAAGGAACGAGCCAUGACCAUCAGUGUCGACACCUCGCCUGUCGCCAUCCACCGCAGCGGCCGCUUGGACAGCCCCUUCUUGAGGCAGCAGCACAGUCCCUGCAGCCCCAGCUCCACUCCCCCAACCAGGGGUGUGUCGCCCCUCCGCACACCGCCACACGUACGGACGCAGCACACGGCUGCAGCCGGGAACGACCAAGCAAGCACAGAGCGCACCGUGGCCGCAGUGUCGCCCAUUCCGAAAAUCGUCACCACACCCAUCAAAGAGGACUCGAACCAGGAACAGGACUGUACAUUUGACUGGGAGCCAAAGCAGGAGCAGAAAGCUCCAGUCCAGGAGUCGACACCCUCCAAGCCCGUGCAGAGCGUCGCCCCUCAGGCCCGCGACCCCUCUGGAUUCUCCGCGUGGGACACAGACAACCUGGUUGACGUGUGGGACAGCAACGCCGCCCCCGCUAUCGAGGCCUCCCAAGCCUGCCGCUCAUCCGAUCUGGUGGAUUUGAUGGGUGACGAGGACGCCCUCCCUACCGCCGACGCCACCAGCACUCAGCCUCAGCCCCUCCUCAACUUCGACGAGAUGAUGGACGGCACUCUCUGCUCGGACGACCCCACCAGUCUGGUGGACGUGACCACCUCUGAGGAGAUGACCCUCAGCUACCAGCACGCACUGCAGCACGCCACCACCGGCCCGCAGCUGGAUGACGGACAGCUGCUGAUGACCAAUGGAGAGACGCUGAUGAAAGAGGGAACUCAGGCGAGUGAAGGCUAUUUCAGCCAAUCACAGGAGGAGGAAUUUGGCCAAUCAGAUGAGGGCACGGCAAAACCGGCACCUGUCUUUUAUAACAAGCCGCCAGAGAUUGACAUCACAUGCUGGGACACGGACCCCGUGGUGGACGAUGAUGAUGACUAACCGGCCAAUCACAUGCCGAGACAAAUGUAGGAAGUGCGCUUCUUAGGGAAACCAAUUUUUUUCUAAAAAAAAAAAACAAAACAAAAACAAAAAAAAACAACAAAAUCAUGAAUUCUAAUUGUGUAUCUUUUCGAGGAAAAUAACAGUAGCCGAACAAGCUGGGGUUUAAAUAUAAGACAAAUUAAUUUGUUUUUGUGUGUGUGUGUGUGUGUGGUUUUUUGUUACUUUAUUUAUUUGUUUUCCCUCUUUUUCUUUUUUUCUUUUUUUUUUUUUUUUUUUGCUAUGCAGAUGUAAUAGCUGGGAGCGGGGUUACUUUUUGUUCAUGACAACUUAUUAUUAUUAUUAUUAUUAUUAUUAUCGUAGUGCAGUGCUGCACAGUAGAGACGAUGAGAAGCGCAUUGUAGUGCUUUAAAGAAAACAACAGCCUGUAAAGCUAAUGUGGCCGCCAUGUUGUCUUCACCUGCCUUGCUUACCUUUGUGUUCCUGCCAAGUAACUUAAUCUUCUAUUUCAAGAUGAAGUGUCUUGAUGAUUAUUGUGAAUUAUUUUUGCUGCACUUUUCUUUGACCUGCCUAUUUAGUGGAUGAACGGCAGCUUCCAAGUCCUGUCCGCUUCCACUCAAUUUUGCAUUUUUUUCCCCCUGAUUUUUACAUAUUUACAGAUGCAAAAAAAUACACAUUUUGCAUCUAUUCCUGGUGAGUAUAGUGUGGAUAUUUUUUCCAGGUUUUUAGAAGAACAGGACUCAUAUACAGACAGGGGACAGAUGUUGCAUAGAGGGAGGAAACAGCUAGACGCAGCGGACUCUUUUUUUUUGUGUUGGAUUUGAUGCGUUCAAGUGGAUAUUUUGUCCUUUGAGCAGAUUGAGUAUUAAGCGCCACACUGAAAAGAAUCAAAUAGCGCUACUACUGAAAACUUGUAGUAAUAUUGAAUUGUUGAGAGAGAAACAUAAGGAGAAAAAAGAGCAAAUUUUACAAGAAUUAGCUUGAAAUAUUCAGAGAAACUAGUUUUAGAUUCUAAAUGUACUGUAAUAUUUUAAGAAAUCUUAAAAAAUUGUUCAUUUUCCCACAUAUGAUUAGGCAAUAUUUAAUACAACACAUUUAUUCUUGUAAAAUUACACCGUUUCUGCGUAAUAUUGCAAGCUCACACUUGUAAUUUCAAUAUGGUUGUCUUAUAUCACUUUAUUCUUGUAAAAUUAGGGUUUUUUUUCUCACAACUAUAUUUUGCAAGGAUCAGUUUUGAAACAUUAGGAGAGAAAUGACUCAGUUAAUUCUGCAAAAAAAAAAAAAGUGAUAUGACAAGAAAUGUCAGUUCAAGAAUGUUUUAAUUUUGCAAGAUAAAUAUCCAAUUAAGUUUUAAUUAGAUCAACAAAAUUGUGAUAAGCAAAAAAAAAAAAAAAAGUUGGAAUUUGGCAAGCAAAAAGUCUGAAUUUUACGAGAAGUAAAUUGUAAAAAUACGAAAAUUUUACAAGAAUUAGCUUGAAAUAUUCCGAGAAACUAGUUUUAGAUUAUAAAUGUACUGUAAUAUUUUAAGAAAUUAGGAAAAUAUUAGGAAAAAUUAAUUAGGUAAUAUUUAUUACAACACAUUUAUUCUUGUAAAAUUACGUUUCUGCGUAAUAUUGCAAGCUUACACUUGUAAUUUUAAUAUGGUUGUCUUAUAAUGUCACUUUAUUCUUGUAAAAUUAGUUGUUUUUCUCACAACCAUAUUUUGCAAGGAUCAGUUUUGAAACAUUAGGAGAGAAAUUCUGCAAAAAAAAAAAAACAAACAAGCGAUAUGACAAGAAAUGUCAGUUCUUUAAAAAUGUCGUAAUUUUGCAAGAAAAAUAUCCAAUAAAGUUUUAAUUUGGCAAGCAAAAAGUCAUUUUUAAAAAAAAAGGUCUGAAUUUUACGAGAAAUAAAUUGUAAUAUUACGAAAACUGGAAUUUUUAAAGAAAAAAGUCUGAAUUUUUUGAGAAAGUUCUAGCAAUGUUAGAACAAAAUUCUGAAUCUUCAGAAAUAGUCGCAAUUUUAGAGAAUAACGUCAUGUUCCGAUCAUAAACUUAUAUGUGUGUUAAGUUGAGGACUGUUACGUCUGUAUGUACGCUUUUUUUCCCAUUUAUUUUACUUUUUUUUCUUUUCGGCGUGGCCCUAAUACAAGUACUCCUGCAUUCCGACCCUGUUGCUCGACUGUUCGGUGUCUAACAGCAUUUUAUUUGUACUUUUUAAAUGGACGUGUGUGGAGUUUGCCACCAGGGGGCGUGUUUGUUUGUAAAAUCUGUUUUCAAAAGAAGCGUGCUAGAAAAUGACUUUCAGGGCCCCUUUUUUGAAUAUUAGCAAUGACAUUGUUCUAGUCUUUUUGCUGUAUAUUCCUUGUAGAAAUUUAAACUUCUAGGCAAUAAUAAUGCUAAUAAUAAUAAUGUGUGCGCGCGCGUGUGUGUGUGUGCGUGUGCGUGCGUAGGUUCACCGGAAGUCAUUUGCCUCAUUUAGAAUCUCGCAUCAGCAUUGAUUACAUUGUGUAAUAAACAUCGGUUAGUCAACAAAUAUGCAACUUUGAUUUGCUGUUUGGUUUCAUCGCAGCACAGGAAGAAUGAGCUCAACGUGUCAGGAUUUUUAAAACUGGCGUUUUUUGUGGAGAUCAAAGAGGAAGAUUGGUUCUGAAAGAAGUGGAUUAUUUGUUGGAUUGAAUUAAAAGAGGAUGCCUCGA